AUUAUAUUGUUGGUUUACAAGUUGAGCAUUGGUAUUCCGGAGGGUAUGUUCCUCGGUAAGGUUUUAAUGAAGCUCAACUCAUUGUUAAAUUUCUUCCCAUUCGAGGUGUAGUCUUGUUGUUGCAUUACUCAAGUGAUCCUUUUUCUACUCUUUUCUUUGCAAAAAAAUGAAUUUCUCAGUUAUGUUUUUGUGUGAGAGGAAUUGUUUAGAACCCAGGUGAUUUAAAGUUGUGUUGGUCAAUAAAAUAUAUUGUAUUCGAAGUGGUGUUAUGUUUGAAUUGAUGGUUUGUAAUGCUUAGCUAAUCAAGUUGUUGCUAUUCUUCGUUAUCCUACCGUGAUGAAAUGUUUUGCUUUAAUUAAUUAUGUGAUCAUUUUAUGCAUAGAGCAUAAGGUAUGGAAACACUUGAUCUUCAAGUUGUUAUUGAUGAUUUUAUUUUUCAAAAUGUUGAAAGAUCUAAAUUAUUUCAAUAAAUAUUUGAUCAUUGUUUUUGGUUAUUGCACUUUAUAGAUUAAAGUUAUAUCAUCACACAAGUAUGGAAGACGAUUAUACGCUAUUUAUAGCUAAUAAUAAAAAUAUUGAAGUUUCAUUUCUUAAAGAGCUAAGUUUUUUUUUUUUUUUUUUUCACCUAAGGCCCUCGAAAUAUUAGGACUGACCCUAACGAAGAGAUUUACGUUAGGACACGACAUAAAAAUGCGCAUAUAUUGGACCAUUAAGUAGAAAAUGAAAGAAGCAAGAAUUUAGUUUACCCUUUGAGUGUGUUUUUUUUAUUGAUAGAUUUAUCACAUGAAAAUGAAGAAUAAUAAAAAUUUCUCUCUUUAAAUACCUCAUUUCUCAUUCCUUCUUUUCUCUCCAAGAAGGGAUAAUAUUAUCCCUCCAUUUCUGAUGAGAUAAUAUUGUCCCUCCUUGAAGUGGAAAGAAGAAAUGGAAAAUAAUGAGAUUCUCUUUUGUAGAAAAUGAGGAAAAAGAAACAAAAAAAAAUUAAGGGAGAAUUUUUCCAUAAUAAAUUUAUCAAUCAAAGAGAACACACACCCCUUAGGGGCGUUUACUUUGGAAGAUUAGCUUGAUAGAUAAAAAUAGUAAGGCUAGUCUCUUAUUUACUUUGAUGGAUUGAAAGUUUGGGAUAUCCCAAGACCCUUGAUUAUUUCUAUCAUUUAAGCUAGUUUUGUUUGAUUUUUAUCUCAUUGAAAUGUUGGGAUUAGAGAAAUCCUACUAUUAACUAUUAAGUAUAAAAAUACUCAAUCAUGUAAAGUAAACGCCCCCUUAUAAAAAAUCAGGGUAAAUGUCACUUUAUGUCCCAUCGUUUGACCGAAUAAUCGAUUAUGUCCCAACUUUUUGAUAAUAUCUAAUUGGUACCCAACCUAUCAACAUUUUUUUAAUUGUGCCCCGUUAAAAUUUUUCGACGCCCGAAAGAUGAUGUGGAACGCCAGAAAUUUACUACAUGGAUUUAUUUACUACAUGCAAUCUAAAAGGUUAUUAGCUUUAGAUUAGCUUCUUUUUUUUAUCAUUUGUUUACAUAAGAGGAAGUGCAGAAAGGAAUAGUUCCCUUCCCUUUGCUGUAAAUUUUGUUGAUCAUUAUAUAAAUAUAAGGCACUCAUUUUUUUCUACGAUGCUGCACGAUAUUGUUCAUCAUUUUCUGUUUUCCAUAAACCAAUUACACAAUAUAUCACAGUUUAAGCAUUCACAAUUAUUGUAUCUUUGCUAACUACUUCAGUUCAAUAACUUGUUCGAGUGAUUCGAGAGUUCUUCAAGCACCGAAGAGUUUUUUUUUCCAAACCAAGGGUGCGGGAGUUAUAUUCUAUGACUUGGGGAUUUUUAAUUUGGUAUUAUGUUUUGUGCCUCAUAGGUAAUCGUUUUUUGUUUCUUUUUAAAGUUUAAUUAUGCUGGAAAUUCCAAGUGAAUAAAUAAAUCCACGUAGUAAAUUUUCGGCGUUCCACAUCAUCUUCCGGACGCCGGAAAAUUUUAACGGGACACAAUUAAAAAAAUGUUGAUAAGUUGGGUACCAAUUAGAUAUUAUCGAAAAGUUAAGACAUAAUCGAUAAUCCGGCCAAACGAUGGGACAUAAAAUGACAUUUACCCAAAAAAUUAUGCAUUCAUUAUGGGUGAAGCGUAGUUUUAUUUACCACCUCUAUAAUUAGGAUGGCAAGCUCCUUAUCUUCAUUCCUCUUUAUCUUCACAUCACAUUUAUUCUUCAUCAUCUUUAUUUAUUCCUCUUUAUACUUAACUCACACUUAUGCCUCUUUAUGCUUACUAAUUUACUUCACUCGCACUUAUUCCUUAAUCUUUAUUUAUUCCUCUUUAUCCUUAAUUUACUUAACUCACACUUAUGCCUCUUUAUGCUUACUGAUUUACUUCACUCGCACUUAUUCCUUAAUCUUUACUUAUUCCUCUUUAUCUUAUAUAUAUAUAUGAAUUCUCAAACUCGUUACAUGUUCUUAUAUUCAUUCAAUAAUAGUUCCAUUUUUAUUAUAUUGUUGGUUUACGGGUUGAGCGAGCAUUGGUUUUCCGGAGGGUAUGUUCCUCGGUUAAAUUUCUUCCCAUUCGAGGUGCAGUCUUGUUGUUGCAUUACUCAAAAGACGAGUGGACUGAGACCCCCCAACGUGCUUGUUGAUCCUUGUACCGGGCUCAGACAACCGGUUCGCACGUGCUUGCUGGACUACCCUCUAAAUAUCCUCCUGCGCCCAGUAUGCCUAGAGCCCAGUCCAGAAAUCGUCACUCAUCCACAGGGGUUUCGCCAUCUCUCGCCCUGCCUCAGUUCUUUCUUUGAGCUUACUCAUCAAGUCACUCAAGGUGUCACAGUACCUAGUGCGAACAAAUAAAAAGUAUCUGCAACUCUACAAAUAACUUUUGUUAGCUCAGUGUAGCAAAUCAAUAGUGCUCCAUCAAUCACUUAGACCAAAGAAAUCUGAGCUUACCUCAAAUUGUUGCAAGCAAUGGCAGAAGCAGUCGUGUCGACGGCUCUAGAAACCUUGCGCGAUUUAUUGUUGGAAGAAGCAAGGUUUCUAUAUGGUGUGGGCGAUGAAGUGAAGGAGCUCGAGAUCCAGCUCAAAGAGAUGAAGUGUCUCCUCAAAGAUGCCGACAGACGACGACAUGAAAGCGAAAUCAUUUUGAAUUGGAUCUCGGAGAUCAAAGAUCUUGUGUACACAGCAGAAGCUGCCAUCGGAAGACACGCAGCUUAUCAAGUGACUUCAAAGAGAAGACGAGGCGUCACACAGCUCAUCCGCAGAUGUUCUUGUAGUUUGGAAGAAUACAAGUCGAUCCACCAACUAGGCUCCGAGAUUUCACCGAUCAAAUCCCGACUUGAAAGAAUAAACAAGGAAAUGUUAGAAAGUGGCAUAAAGAAGAGCAUCAUCAACAAUACUGAUGAUGGGGAAAGCUCGUCCGCCAACAACAGAGCAAGGAAGAGCUUCCCUGAAUUCGAGAUCGGAGACUGUUUCGUGGGGAUGAAGGAUGAGCUCAAUCGGCUUCGUAAUCUCCUAAGGCAAGACAACAAGGAUCGAGUUAUAUCAGUGUGGGGAAUGGGGGGAUCAGGCAAGACCACCAUUGCCAAAAAGCUCUACAACGAGAACAAGACCAGCUUUGAUCUUUGCGCAUGGGUUUGCAUUAGUCAGCAAUGUCCGAGUUUUCAAUCAAUUUGGAAUGAUGUUCUGAAGCAGCUAGAGCCACAAAAAAGGGACGUUGUUCCAAGUCUGAGUGAGUCGGAGUUGAAUGAGAAACUAUGCAAGAUACAAAGAGAGAAACGAUGCCUCAUUGUUUUGGACGAUCUUUGGAAAGUUUCUGAUUGGAAUGCGUUGAAGCAUCCCUUCCUUGUUCAUGAUUUGCAAAGCAAAAUCUUGAUCACCACGCGCGAGGAGGAAGUUGCACAGAUUGGAUGCCCAGUAAAAGCUGGGCUUCUAAAUAUGGAAGAUGCUUUGGAACUACUCGAGAAGAAAGCAUUUCCCCACACCAACAUUCCUACAGAGUUUGCAUUGGAAGAAAAUUUUGAGAAAAUUGGGAAAGAAAUGGUGCAGAAAUGUGGGUAUUUGCCAUUGGCAAUUUCUUUGCUAGGUGGAGUCUUGAGAAUGAAAAAUUCGAUGAAGGAUUGGGAGUUAGUAAAUGAGGAUAUCAAAGAAGCCAUAUAUAGAGAUGAAAGUGAGAUUGAUGGAGUGCUAAAUUUAAGCUAUGAAAGUCUACCCUAUUAUUUGAAGCCUUGCUUUCUCUAUAUGAGUUUAUUUCAAGAGGACGAAAACAUAUUUGUUGAUGAUCUAUAUAGGAUGUGGAUAGCACAAGGCAUGAUUUCAUAUGAGAAUAUUGGAGACAAGGACAAAACUUUGAUGGGAAUCGCGGAGCUCUACUUGGGUGAGUUGGCCUCCAGAUCCAUUGUCCAAGUUGAAAUUAACGAUGGUUUCACACCUGUAGGAAAAUAUUGGAGCUGCAAACUUCAUGAUGUAGUAAGAGAACUAUGUUUGAAAUUGGGGAAAAGGGAGGAUUUUGGUGCACUGAGUUUGGAGUAUCAAAGUGGGAAACUUAGUACCUUACUGCAGCAAGCUUCUCAUAUGAAAGUACGACAUUUGGCUAUCCACUUCAGAACAAGAGAAGUUGAAGUGGAACAUGACGAGCUUGGAGAAGAUACUAGCAAACAUUUAAGGUCUCUUCAAAUGUUCAAUCGCAGUGGUAAUUCUGGUAAGUUUCCCCCGCCAAGCAUCGUUGAUUUUCAUAAAUUCAAAUUGCUCAAGGAUCUAGUUGUGGUGGGAUUCGCAUUUGCAAGAAGAAAGUUACCGAAAGGAAUCACUAAUCUUGUUCACCUUAGAUGUUUGCGUUUAGAAUAUUGUGAAUUUGAUAAGCUACCGACGUCCAUAAGAAAUUUGGUAUACAUGGAUACCCUUCAUUUAAAUCAUUUGAGGAAUGUUGAAGUUCCAAAUGUUUUUAAGGAGUUGGUACGUUUAAAGCACUUGCUUCUUCCCCAUUAUGAUGAGGAAAAAAUUGGAAGUUAUCGACUAACAUUGGACGAGGGAGUGGUUGAGUUGGAGAGUCUCUUGGGGUUGGAUAGUAGAGUGCAUGAAUUAAAAUGUGUGAACAAAAUGAAGAAUCUGAAAAGAUUCUCAACAAGUAUACACGACAACAAAAGCUUGUCAGCCAUGAUCGAUGGCAUUGCUACCAACUGGAACAUGGACAAGUUAGUGUAUUGUAUGGUUGAAAUCAAAAAGGGUUGCGAGUUAGGAACAAAUGAGGGAGUGUUAACGCUGAAGAAGGUAAUCACAUGUCCCAAUCUUCAUUCCUUGGGGAUUGAAGUUAAGUUAGGGAAGGCGCUGGGAGAGUGCGGACGUGACUUCAUCAGCUCUAAACUUAGGACUUUGGUCCUGUCCGGAUGUGAGAUUGAGGAUGAUCCAAUGGGGAUAUUGGGGAAGCUUCCUUGCUUAACAGAGUUGAUUUUAUGGCCGGGAUCAUUUGUGGGGGAGGAGAUGACGUGUCCAUCAAACAGUUUUCCUAGCCUCAAGAAUCUUGUGCUAUGGGAGCUACCAAAGUUGAGGGAGUGGAGAGUAGAGGCAGGAGCCAUGCCCCUUCUCUCUCUAUUACAUAUCUAUGAUUGUUCUAGUCUGGACAUGCUUCCAGAUGGAUUGAGUGGCAUUUCUACUAUGAAGAAAUUGAUAGUUGAGGGAGAAUUGGGAAAGAGGGUAUCGGCAUUUGGAGAGGAUUUCCACAAAGUCAGCCAUGUCCCUGAAAUUAUCAUCCGAUGAGUCUAGUCUCCAGCCGGGUCCACCAACAACGGGGCAAGGAAGACUUAUUUCCGCAUGGGUUUGCAUUAGUCCGAGUUUACGAUCAGUACAUUGGAAGGAUGACCGGGUGGCGGGUAAAUCUCAUUCUCAUCAUUAAUGAUUUUAUUUCUCAAAAUAUUUUAUUGAGUAUUAAUUAAACCAAUAACUAGCUAGCCUUUGUUUUAUUAGUCUUAUUUUUUUUUCCUUUUGUUUUUGCAGUUAAUAUUUGUUCAUUAAAAGCUUAUAAUAUAACCUCAUAUAGUCAAAC